UCAAAGCAGUCCUCGACUAAUCUCUACCUUCAUUCCACAAUUUCAUCGUGUCAGUUCAUCAGCGAAAAAAUAGAAAUAUGGCAGAUGAACCAGUAUUGGCGGAAACCGAAGACAACGUAUCGCGUAACGAAAAUUCCAGUAAACAUCUGAGCUCUUUCCUGCUGGGUGGAACAUGUGGCGCUUCUCUGAUGCACCUUGGAUACGAUUCCGAACCGUACGCUUACGGUGCGGUUUCAUUCCUACUGGUGAAAACCCUGCUGAAAUCACUGGAAGGGACCUUAUCCGAUCCACCCGGUUACCUCGUCCGCUUCAACGGAACCGUCAACAAGCUAUCCAAGUUCGUACCUUGGGCCCUGUUGAACACGGAAAUGUUCCGCCGGAGUGGUCGGCUGAAUAAUUGGAAUGAAGCCUACUUCGGAUUUCUGAUGGCGGCUUCCGUUCCCACAGCACUGGCUGCCGUCGAGUUAAAAGAAUCCCGUUUCAACAGUGUCGUCUCGAUGGUGAAUGUCCUGAAUCUGGCAGGGAUUAGCUAUCUGGCCGUUAAGCAGCAAAAUGCCUGGGGAAUCGGACUGGGUGCUGUGUGUGCGUUGGAUUGCUUCCUCGGUGCGAAACUAGCGGGUUGGAGUCGUCUUUCCGAAUCCAAUAUGCGGAACAUGCUGAGAUGCUGUUUCGCGGGAAUGAUUCCGUUCUAUCUGAAGUCGUUGUAGAGAUACGACCGCGACGUCUGCAGAUUUAUAUACUAGAACAAAAUUUUCC